AUGGACGGUGCAGUGGACAACGCUCGCGGCGGAGAGAAGCGAGGGCGGCAGUACCAGGUGCCGAAGCGGUACGAGUUCCAGAAGAACAUUCCGCACAGUCGCGACUCCUCGGCGCAGACGUCUGUGUUCAAGCCCAAUUUCACCGUCAACAAACUGCGCAGAGACGAGUCGACGAACUCGUUCAGUUUGCAAGCCAAGCGCACGCAUUCGCCACAUCUGCUGCCCAAGACCGACCCGUUGACAGAGUACAAGCGACACAGUCUGUCGCUGGCGUCGGGCGGCGGGUCUGGCACGAAGAGCCAUAUUCUCAAUGCAUACAACGACACCAAGGUGUUUGAGACGGUGGCUCCGAUGCGCAGCUCGUCGUCGAAUUACGUUUUCGAUCAGAAGCCUGUGCAGGAGGGCUCGUAUCCGGGACAGCUGCCGGAGCCGCGCAACAAGAGCAUUCUGAUCAGCCGGCCAGAGAGCGGCGAGGCGCCUGCGUUCAGCUCGUCGAUCUCCAAGAUCAACUACUACCAAAGCGAGGCGGACCUGCCGCGCUUCAUGGACCAGGCGAAACGCCACAGUGCGCGGGCCGUGGUGGACGCGUCUCCAGGAACGCUCCCGCGUCUCACGCCAGGCUCCACCGACAACACCACGCGGCCCAUUUUGGCGUCGGCCGCGUCGCACUCCGACGACACAGACACAGACAUCCCCGCGGUGGAGGCCAGCAACCCGUACCUGGACACGCUGGACGGGCCCGCGGUAAAACACUCGCCGUCCACGACGCAGCAAACGAUAGCGAUGCGCACACAGCAAAGACAGCUCGCGAUGAAGGACCUAAUGCUGCACACACACACGGCCGGCAGCGCGUGGUUCGAGCUCGCGGCCGCCGACCGGCCCCAGCUGGACGAGUCUGUGGAGUCGAUCGACGCGGGCCAGCAGCAGAACGUUUGGGCGAACGUGAGCGUGGAGGAGCGCAACCGGUACGAGCAGAUCUCGAACGAUCUGCGAAAGCUGGCCCUGUACAACAAGAAGCCGAUGAUGGACAGCAUCGGGCGGUACCUGGACCACCGGAACCGUAAUAGCCAGCUGGUCAACACCAAGACACGAGCACGCACCCUGGCCAAGCACGAGGACGGGGCGUGUGUCGACAGCAAGGGCCUGUUCAAGCACGGAAUGGGCCGCGAGUUGGCGGAAGAGAUUUGGAAUUCAGCAAAUAGCAACUAUAGAUUCUCCAAUACAUAG